AUGACUAAAUUCUCGAAUUUCUUUCGUGACGUCGGCGGAUCCAUCACUAGCGCUUUCUACCUCAAGGGUACCAGACGCUCCCGCAAAUCUACCAACCCCAAACACCUAAAUACUCCUCCCAACUAUGAGGAUCUUUUCGCACCAUUGACAGAGCUCCCAACAGGCGUGGACGAAGCUGCAGAGCAUGAAGCCUUCUUGAUGCGAAUGGCUCGCGAUCCAUCAAUUCAUGAACGCAGUUCAGAAUCGGAGGGAAAUUUCCCACAAGACACAUUGUCGGACCGAAUGGCACACGAUCCAUCGACCAGAGAGCGCCAUGUAGGCUCGAACCAAGUCACGAACCAUGUCCCUGUGGUUUCUCGCAUCUACUCAAUGUCACCACAGGUAAUCAUUCCUGUUUCACAAGCUGAGGUAGAACCGCGCGAAGCUACUCCCCCACCAUAUGACUAUAGUAGCAACUUGGUAAUUCCAGAGCCAGUAGCUGAUCCUGCUGAGCCAUAUUUACAUCUUGUCGAGGAAGCUAUCGCAGCUUCAUCUCCCCAAGCCAGUGCCGAUACUUCUGAGCAAGAGCUCACUCAUCAGGAAGACACCAUUGCCGCUAACUCCGGUCAUGAAUUAAGAGAAGAUGCUCAUCACUCAUCUCCAAAUCGCUGUAUGAGCUCGAACAAUACUGAAGAUACUCAGCUACCACCAAGAGUCGUCAGCAACCCAGAGCCACGCGCCUCGGUUUCCAGACUUCCAGUUGCAGUUAGAUUCACUUCAUUACAAGAGAGAUCCACUGUUACUAAUCGCGCAAGCUCGCGACCAGAACCCUCUAACUCACGUCGAGCCGAAGGUCAAUCAGCUGCUCGUGAAAAUCGUCAGCCAUCUUCGGUACAGCCUAGAGCUGUAAGUGCUCCCCAGACAGCCGCAAAAUCACAUCUUCCAGUUGCUGUUAGACAAUCUUCAACACAACCAAGAAGCGCCCGUGAUUAUGGAGAUCUCAUUCAACGCCGUGCACGUGUGUCAGCUCAUCACACUAGUUUGGUAAGAACCCCAGAGAACACAGCACAACAAUUGCCAAUGCCUAGACAACGAGCAUAUCCUGUUGCUGAUCAAGAUGAGUCGGAUGAAUUGACAGGGGAAGAAAAUCCUGUUGAAAUCCAAGAUUUCCUCGCUCGUGAUCGAUCCGCCUCUAGAGAUGGCCACCAAAAUUCACAGGGUGCUUCAUCUUCAGGCGAUCUUACUACUUUGAGAUCACAAGAUACAUCUCAUCGGGAUACUGCAUCUGGUACUCAAGUUGCUCAUGAAUCAAACGCAAGCAACAAUGAUGCCGCUCGCAGAGCUGAAAUCGGCAACAGAUCAUCCACUAGUCACCGUCACGAAAACAGCGAUCGCGAUGGAUCUGAUACUAGAUCAAGACACGGACGUGAUAGUUCUAACACAUCCGGAAGCUCGAACAUCGGAUCGAAUACACAGACUGGAGAGACUACUCCAAACGUGUCUAGACAUAGGUCUUCUGAAACUCUAAGACCUCAGCCUGAGCAACGCGAUCCCAUUCACCCAGGAAUCACUUCUCCCUUGUUGAUCGCAGAGCUUCACCAUGGUCGAGCUAACGGCGCAACUAGGCCACCAGUUAUCAGCCCACAUCUUGCUGAGCGACUGGACGCUGCAAGAGCCGCACGUGGUCUACCUAGAUCACCACGUAUGUGGAAUAUCCCUACGCCACAUGAUGAAACCAACAAUCCUGUUCAUCCGGCAGACUUCCGCGGAAGUGAAUAUCAUCCAGCUGGUAGAGAUCCAGUUUCGCACGCAGAGCGUCCACCUGCUCGGUCAAACGUCGCGGUGCAUGGGGAACGUAGACAACGCUAUGCGAGACAUCAAGGCGCUAUUGAUAGGAUGCGAAGUCGAGAAAUAGAACUUGAGCAAGAGCUCAAACAGAUCCGUGAACAGGAGAGACAGAGAGCCAUCAGAGAGGCAGAGGAGAGAAGACGAGAGGAGAGAGAGAGAAGACACAGAGAGAGAGAGCGUAGAGCAAGAGAGAAGAGAGAGCGCGAACAAAGAGAAAGAGAGGAAUUGGAGAAGAAGAGAGGAGAGGUCGUUGACAGCAUUCUCCAAACAAUCCACAUCGAUCGUUGUUUCUGUUUUCAGGAAUUCGGAGAUGGUGGUUCACCCCACGAGCGUGUGAAGUUGGCUCACUGCACCCAUGUUUAUGGAAGAUGUUGUAUCAAGAAGUGGUUGAUGAAACAUGAUACCUGUCCGAAAUGCGCGGCUGCGCAUGAUACUCUGAGUGCUUUGUCCCAAGAGGCACGAGAAUUGAUUAACAGUCAUGAAGAUUGGUAA